UUACGCUAGCGUAUUUUAACGUCGGACUCGGUCAUAAUGGUUGUAGGCCUACUUGGAGAGUCAAACAUUUUCUGAGGCGGUACAGGGUAUGUGUAGUAGGCCUAGGCCUACUUUUCAUAGUGUGAUGAAGUGAAUCUCCCAGUUGGGAAUUUAUAAUCCGCUAGGCCUAUACUAUCAUCAACAUGUGGGAUGAGCUAUACUUCUGAAUACUGUAAAUGCAGUUCAGGCUAGUUGUUUACAUUUCAGAGAGAUGGAACUCUAAGGUGCAGCCUACCGGACCAUGGUCCGGUAGGCUGGUAAAACGAUAACUGUUCAAUAAUGAAUAGGCUAAAUAAAAUCAAUGAGGUGAGAAAUGCAGAAGCUUUAUUGAUCUGGCCCCGGCAUCCGAAAAAGGGGUCUUGUGGCUGUCGGUGAUCUCGGAGAUGCUGUACAUCGUGCUUCUGUUCGUGGGCUUCAGUCUCAUGUGCUUGGAGCUGGGCCAUUCCAGCAACGUCAUCGACGGUCUGAAGCUCAACGCCUUCGCUGCCGUCUUCACCGUCCUAUCAGGUCUACUGGGGAUGGUGGCCCACAUGAUGUACACUCAGGUGUUCCAGGUGACUGUCAGUCUGGGUCCAGCCGACUGGAGACCCUACAACUGGGACUACGGCUGGUCUUUCUGCAUGGCGUGGGCUUCCUUCACCUGCUGCAUGGGCGCCUCGGUAACGACCCUCAACUCCUACACCAAGACUGUCAUCGAGUUUCGACACAAACGCAAGACCUUCGAGCAGAGCAUCCGCGAAGAGCAGGCGAGGGAGGCCUUUGGCUACCUCCGGGAACGCUCCGUUCACUCAAUCUCCAAAACCGUGGAGGUGUUUACACAGACCCCGAGGAGCAGUCGGAAAAUGCCCAUACCCGGAGACUCCUUAGACCUGAGUGAGAUUCCCGACUCUCUGGAGGAAGAGCAGUGCUGAUUUGCACUAGAAAUCGAUCCAUCGCCUCCCUCGAUAUCGCAGCAAGACUUUAUCAAGACAAAUGAGAGAAACGGCGGUCCACACUCAGACUGAAUAUUUCUUCAGGGAUUUUCCACAUUGGCAUCUCUGCCUUAAUUGAAGUGCGAAAAAAUCCACUGUCUUGGCUUUGGAAUCUAUGGAGAGUCGAGUCCAAUCGGACCAGUGUUGACCAGCUAAGUUCAUGCCAUUAAAAGAGUCAGAGUGGCGAGUUAAAUUGAAGGUAUCGUUACAGAUGGUAGGGAAGGACUGACAAAAUAUUUACAAAAACAAUAUUUGUUAUGAUUCAUCUCCCGGCUUGCCCUCUGACCCAUAAGCAGAUUACACAUCAAGGGUCUUAUGUUCCAUAAUAGCCUUACUAAAUUUGAUGUUAUAUAAUGUUUGUGUGUGUUGAUGGACUGACAAUCUGCAUUACAUCUCUAUCUACUGUAUGAUCUAUUGGAAAAUAUAACCUCAAGUGUUAGCUGUGCAUAAAGUGUGCCUAUAUAGCCAACAUCAUAUUUACAUCUAUGCAUUUAAUAUUUGUCUACAAAAUGAAAAGCUGUGGAUUGUCUCCUUCAAUGAUUAAAGUGAUACUUUCAUUCAGUGGAAUGCUAUACAGUUCUAGUUACAGAGUAAUAGUUUUGCAGGGUUUUAGGGCCCUGGUAUGAAAUGUGUCUUCCAUUUCCUCUUGCACGAUGAACUGUACAUAGAAACAUUCCUGGUCACCAUGAUAUAAACAACUGCAGCUGCUUUUUUGCAUCCAUUGUAUUUGACUCCGUUUCUGCUUUGCACUGAGAACAAUA